UCUCCACGCCAUAUAGCACAGAUAUAUCGUGUCUUGAGCAUUGAUCAAAUAUUGUUCACUCACAAUUUCACAAACACAAGUUAAUUUGGAAAUGGUGGCCGUGGCGGCUGGUGGUCGUCAGAAGAUGGGGCAUGAGAAGCUGAUCAUCAGGCGAGAGAAGGUGAGGCUCAUCGACAUCCUGUCGAUGCUGCUCCUGCGGCGGCCGCUCACCAGCUACGCCUUCGUCGACGCCAGCGACCAGACGGCGCGCGACCUCGGCGACGCGCCGGCCGGCUUCCUCUUCGCGCUCGGCCAGUUCAUCGUGUAUCUCCUCGGCAAAGCCUACUACCCGGCCACGCUCAUCGGCGCCGCCCUCGAGUUCCUCUUCAAUCUCGUCGCGCUCAACGGCGGCUUGCUCGGCAUAGUAUGGAACACCUUCAGAUGCAGGCUGGUGAUCCCGAACCGAGAGGCGCCCAACUACCGGACCAUGACGAAGAUGAUCGACGGGAGAACGGAGCUGAGGCCGACAUCGCCAGGGUUCGCCUCUGACGGGUGCCUGUCGCGGCUAAAUUUCCUCAACGCCGCCAGUCUAUUUGGCGAGGCUGCAGACCUCGAGAGCGGCGGGCUCGCUGCUGCACAGGCAGCGCCCCUCGUCCAGCAAGAGUACUCCAUCAUUGAUCUCACUGUCAUGGCGGCUGAGAUGGCAUACGAGAAUGCGGCCCGCGUCGAGGAUGUCGUUAUCAAUUGCUGGAAGUUAAAUUUCGUGGGGUUCUACAACGGCUGGAACAAGUACCUGAAUAACGACUACUGGCAUACCGAGACGACGCAGGCGUUCGUGAUGACAGACACGGCGGAGGACGCCAAGUUUGUGUUGUUGGCGUUCCGUGGCACGGAGAUGUUGAACAUGCGAGACUGGAUGACGGACUUCGACGUGUCGCGGAAGGGCAUGGGCGACAUGGGCAACGUUCACCUCGGUUUCCUCAAGGCACUCGGACUCCAAGACGAGGACGCCACGGACGCCUUGGACGCCUUCCCUCGGGAAGCCCCACCCGCCCCUCCUCAAGGCAAGCAUUUCUCCUACUACCAGCUCCGGGAGGUGCUCCGGAAGCAGCUCGAGAAGCACCCCAAUGCGCAGAUCGUCGUCACGGGGCACAGCCUCGGCGGCGCGCUCGCCGUCAUCUUCCCGGCGCUCCUCGCGAUGCACGAGGAGAAGGACAUCCUGGACAGGCUCGCCGUCGUGGUGACCUAUGGCCAGCCGCGCGUCGGGGACGACAAGUUCGCCGAGUAUUUUCAAGCCAAGGUGGUGAAGGCGACGGGAGCGGCAUACGGCCGCUUCGUGUACCGGUACGACAUCGUGCCCCGGGUGCCGUUCGAUGCGCCGCCCCUGUCAAUGUUCAAGCACGGAGGGGAAUGUGUCUACUUCAACGGGUGGUAUGACGGCAAGGUGCUCGCAGGGGACGCGCCGAACCCCAACUACGUCAACCCGCUUUACCUGCUUUCAAAGUACGGCAACGCGCUGGGCGACCUGGUGAAGGCGGCAUUCCUGUGGAAGACGGCCGGCAGCGAGUAUCGCGAGAGCUUCGCGUCCUUGCUCUACCGGUGUGUCGGCCUGAUCAUCCCUGGCGUCGCGUCGCACAGCCUACACGACUACACCAAUGCCGUCCGCCUCAGCGGCAUCGCGUCAUCCAAGAAAGUCUAAGACCGAGCAACCGGGUCCGGGUGGAGAGACGAUCAGAGAGAGACAAGUGAUGAAAGAUUUCUGGGGAGCUAUGAAUAAGUUGAGUGUGUAUGUGAUGUGUGUGCAAAUUGUACUGCGUGUCGUACGUGGUCUCUCUCAGCAAUGAUUAGUAUACAAGCAUAUUUAGAUAACUAGUUGUUGUAACUUCCAAAGAUGGAUUGUGACUCUGUGAGCGUACGUAUAGCCGGGCAGCAGAAGCCACUGAUUUCAGCAAGCGAGUUCUUGAAGCA